AUGUUUGCUGUGGAUACCAAUGAGGAACCGUCUAUGCCCUAUUAUGCAACAGUGACUGUUGAAGGAAAGGACAUAAUGUUUGAAAUUGAUUCUGGGGCUACAGCAUCAGUCAUCAGUGAGGAGACCUACAGGAGGACAUGGGGACACAAGCCAUCUCCUAUUAAGCCAUCAACACUCAGACUAAGGACAUACACAGGUCAGGCUAUACCUCAUUUGGGGGUGUUAGAUGUGAACAUUUCAGCUGGAGGUCAGAGGGGUCAAGGCAGAUUGGUAAUAGCCAAGAGUAAGGGGCCUAGUUUAUUGGGUCGGGACUGGCUUCGCAAAAUUAAACUGAAUUGGCAGGAGAUUAAGUAUGCUCACACUACAGAGGACAUUUUGCAGCGCUACAGUGAUGUGUUCAGAGAAGUACUGGGCACACUUAAGGGCGUGACGGUGAAGCUUCAUGUUGACCCCGAGGCAGCGCCACGUUUCUUUAAGCCCAGAGUGGUGCCCUAUGCAAUGAAAAGCAAAGUGGAGGAAGAGCUGGAACGUUUGCAGGUGCUUGGCAUCGUGGAGCCUGUCCAGUUUUCAAAGUGGGCAGCGCCCAUCGUUCCUGUUUUGAAGGCAGAUGGAACCGCAAGGAUUUGUGGAGACUACAAGCUGACUGUGAAUCAAGUCUCAAAGCUGACGGAGUAUCCGUUGCCACGGGUGGACGACCUGUUUGCAACACUGGCUGGAGGUAAGCUGUUCACAAAGCUGGAUAUGAGCCAUGCGUACCAGCAACUACUCCUAGAUGAGGAUUAAAAACAGUAUGUCACAAUAAAUACACCCAAAGGAUUAUUCAAGUACAAUCGCCUAGUGUUCGGAGUGGCGUCCAGCCCGGCCAUUUUCCAAAGGACAAUGGACACUCUAUUGCAAGGGAUUCCACAUGUAGCCGUGUACUUAGAUGACAUAUUAAUCACAGGGGCUACUGAGGCUAGGCACCUUGAAAACGUAGAGCAGGUGCUCAAGAGACUCUCAGACGCAGGGCUGCGCCUGAGACAGGGAAAGUGUGUGUUUAUGGCAGAGAGGGUGACUUAUCUGGGACAUACAAUCACCGCAGAGGGGCUCCGUCCAGUUGAGGACAAAGUGAGGGCUAUCAAGGAAGCUCCAAGCCCUAAGAACGUCACAGAACUCCGCUCAUUCCUGGGUAUGGUGAAUUACUAUGGGAAAUUCCUGCCGUCGGUAUCGAAGGUGUUAGCCCCACUGUACAAGCUGCUGCACAAUGACACAAAGUGGCAGUGGUGCGCGGAGCAGGAGAAAGCGUUUAAAGAAGUGAAAGAACUCCUUCAUUCAGCAAAGCUGCUCGUUCACAAUGAUCCAGAUUCAGACAUUGUGCUCUCAUGUGCCACCUCGCCCUAUGGAGUGGGGGCAGUCCUUUCACAUGUCAUGGAAGAUGGCUCAGAGAAACCUGUGGGAUUUGCUUCAAGGACACUGACAGCUGCAGAGAAAGGCUACUCACAGUUAGACAAAGAAGGUCUAGCCAUUGUUUUUGCAGUAAAGCGUUUCCAUCAGUACUUAUAUGGGCGUGUUUUUAAGAUCUAUACUGACCAUAAACCCCUGAUGAGCCUGUUCAGUGAAACGCUAGCAUCAGCAAGAAUCCAACGGUGGGCACUCAUCUUGUCAGCCUACCAAUACAGCAUAGUGUACAGAGCAGGGAAGGACAACGCAAACGCUGACGCGUUGAGUCGCCUGCCAUUGCCUGAGACACCGGUCUCAACAUAUGUGCCUCUGGAGACUGUUUUUUCAUGAGAGAAGUUGUCACAGACACCUGUAAAGGCAGCCCAAGUCAGGCAGUGGACAGAGAGAGACCCGGUGCUGUCCAAAGUAAAGACUUACCUGCUACAGGGCUGGCCCAGUGUGGUUGACAGUGAGGAACUGAAACCAUAUGCCAAACGCAAGACUGAACUCAGCCUACAGGAUGGCUGCAUUUUCUGGGGUGCGAGAGUAGUCGUCCCUCCCCCAGGUCGCUGGCAGAUUGUGGAAGAGCUACAUGAGACCCAUCCGGGUGUGUCGCGAAUGAAGAGCCUGGCAAGGUCCUAUGUCUGGUGGCCAAAGAUGGAUUUAGACCUGGAGAACAAGGUAAAAUCAUGCACACAAUGUCAGUCUAAUCAGCACAUGUCGCCACCAGCCUCUUUGCAUCCCUGGGUGUGGCCAGACCACCCCUGGUCUAGAAGACUACAUCUGGAUUUUGCUGGCCCGUUCAUGGGGGAGAUGAUUCUGAUAAUGGUGGAUGCCCACUCCAAGUGGAUAGAAGCGCACAUCAUGAGCAACAUCACAGCCCCCAAAACCAUAGACAAGCUCAGACAACUAUUCGCAAUUCAUGGGUUGCCUGACACUGUGGUCACGGAUAAUGAUCCGACGUUCACCAGUGAGCUGUUUGGUGAGUUCAUGGAACAGAAUGGAAUUCGGCAUGUUCGUACAGCUCCUUUCCACCCAGCCUCGAAUGGAUUGGCGGAGCGAGCUGUCCAGACGGUGAAGGAGGGUCUGAAGCGAAUGAAGGGUGACACUCUAAGCACCAGGCUUUCCCGUUUUCUGUUUAAAUACCGUCUGACGCCACAGACCACUACUGCUUGUGCUCAAGCAGAGUUGUUGAUGGGGCGCAGGGCGAAGUCAAAGUUGGACCUGCUGCAUCCAGACAUAAAGGCCACGGUGAUGAGGAAGCAUGAAAAGCAGAAGGAGGGACAUGAUCAACAUGCACAAGAGAGACAGCUGAAACCAGGUGACAAUGUCUAUGUGAGAAAUUUCAGCUGCAACUCUAGUCAGAAAUGGCUACCUGGGGUUAUCCUGACACAGAGAGGUCCUCUCUCAUAUGUUGUGGAGCUGACUGAUGGACGAGUGUUCCGCAGACAUCAAGACCACGUCUGCCUGCAUCAUGACAUCAGCCCAGAGAUCAUCAGCACCUCAGUUUCCCCUGGUUACCACAUCUACUCCAACAUCAACAUGACCACAGAGACAUUUGACCCAAAGCAAGCUGUUGACCUGUGGAGGAAGACAGCUAAUCGGAGAAUCAACCAAGGACGAGGAGGUGCAUCUGCAGCAUCUUCAUCAUCUACCAUGCAGGAAGCUGAAGCAGAGGACAGUGGGGGUGACACUGAGGAGGACAGUGAGGAAGACUGCACGUAUUAA